AUUCUCUCCACCACAGAGAAAAUAGAAUAAAAAAGGAAAUUGAAUAAGAAUCCCUUUAUUGUUUGUCAUAAUCACAUUUGCAUUUCAAUUCCCUUCUCCCCCUCGUCGAUCUCUCCGUCCAUCUUUGCUGUUGUCGGAGCCAAAUUCUCUGCACAAUCUCGAUUUCUCUACGCAGAUUCUGCAGAUCGCGCUUCUACUAUCGAGACCCAUUGAUCCGAGAUGAGCACUGGGGAGCUUCUCAGCAUCGAACCUGUCGAACUUAAGUUCUUCUUUGAGCUGAAGAAGCAGAUCUCAUGUUCUCUUCAAUUGUCAAAUAAGACCGAUAGCUAUGUAGCUUUCAAGGUGAAAACUACCAAUCCCAAGAAGUAUUGUGUUCGUCCAAACACUGGAAUUGUCUUGCCACGAUCCACAUGUGAUGUUACAGUAACUAUGCAAGCGCAAAAGGAAGCUCCACCUGACAUGCAAUGCAAGGAUAAGUUUCUUCUUCAGAGCGUCAAAACAAAUGAUGGAGUCAGCCCAAAGGAUAUCACUGCAGAAAUGUUCAACAAGGAAGCAGGGCACGUGGUUGAGGAGUGCAAAUUGAGAGUGGUGUAUGUCUCUCCACCUCAACCACCUUCACCAGUCCUAGAAGGCUCUGAGGAAGGGUCAUCACCUAGAGGCUCUGUUUCCGAAAAUGGGAAUGCCAACGGUGCUGACUCCACGACAGUGAGUUCUUAUCUUGUUCCUGGUUUGGUUCUUAUCUCAAGGCUGGCAGAAGAAAAGAAUAAUGCAAUUCAACAAAGCAACAAGCUUCGUCAGGAACUGGACCUGCUGAGACGUGAAAGCAGCAAAAGUCGUGGGGGUGUUUCGAUUGUCUUUGUCAUAUUGAUUGGUUUACUCGGCAUAAUUAUGGGGUAUCUCAUGAAGAAGACCUAAGUAUUUUCGAGAUUCGAUCUUUCACCAUGCUUUUUUAUCUUAGUUUCCUUAUUGUUCCUGACUAUUCUAGAAAUGAUGACGAAACGCAAAAAAGAUUAAUUCGGCAGGUGUUUUUUUUUGGGAGGGGGGGAGAUAACAUUUCGGACUUAGAAACACUAGUUGAAAGUGUGGGUUUACGGUAGCUUGGAAAUCAGAUUGCUGGGAACUGACUCAUGCUUUAGAUAACAUGCAUUCUUUUUGUAACUUAAGGGAUAUUUGUUCUUUUGUGUGGUUCAUCUAGUGACUAUCUGGAAAUAUCAACAAUGACCACUAGUAACGUGCAUAUUUAGAGUGUCUGAUUUUCCUGUUCAUGUGAAGAAUAUUACCUAGUAGUUGUUACCAUUAUUAAAAGGCGAAUAUAAGUUCGUCAUUGGUCAUCAGAUUAUAGGUAUUUGUACGGUAUUGCACUAUUUUUGCAGUUUAGGGUAUUUCAGCAAUUUUUAGGAAUUAUUAUUGAAGACGAUCAGCGGAAGAUAAUAUUUACCUAAAAGGAUCUAUUUUA